CUCAGACAGACGGACUCACAACCACCACCCGCAUUUGACACACACUCUACCCUGUAGCAGAAAGAGCUGCUUGGAACCAGCUCACCAUGUCUUCAGCGAACUUAGUAUGGUUCCCGACAUGUGCGGUGCACCUGGUUGCCUAGUUUUAACGGGAAGCAGACGUCCCCAACUCCCUCGACAGCAACGCCAACAUGGCUACAGUUCGAGCGGAAAGUCGAAGAGGUCAAGCCGUCCAAGACUGAUAUCAACUACUUAGUGAUGGACUACCUCAUCACAAAUGGCUAUCCUGCUGCUGCGAAGAAGUUUGCAGCUGAGGCUAACAUUCGGCCGAGAGUGGAUUUUGAGUCGAUUCAGGAAAGAGUGGAUAUUCGCACUGCGAUCCAUUCUGGCGACAUCAAGACCGCAAUCGAGAAAAUCAAUGAACUAAACCCUCAGAUUCUAGAUGAAAACCCAUCGUUGCAUUUUUCCUUAUUGCGUCUGCAGUUGAUCGAACUGAUCCGUGCCUCCGCGUCCAGUCCUGAUAGAGAUAUUGGCCCUGCGCUGGAGUUUGCAACCUCGGAGCUUGCACCUCGGGCACCUACCAAUCCUAAAUUCCUCGAUGACUUGGAAAAGACACUGGCUCUGUUAAUAUUCCCUUCAGAUAAUCUCGAUCCCUCCCUGGCACCUUUGUUAAGUUCAGACUUGCGUAAGGAGAUCGCAACUCGUGUGAACGAGGCGAUUCUACAAAGCCAAGGUUCCCGUAAGGAAGCUCGCCUACGCAAUCUCGUUAGGUUGCGCGCAUGGGCGGAACGAAAGGCUCGUGAAGCUAAAAAGGAUAUCCCCGAGAAGCUGGACCUUGGCCUCGUUGGAGAAAACAACCUCAUGAGUUCUGACCGGAAUGGCAGCUCCAACGAUACUGAAAUGACAAAUAGCGGGGAUAUUGACCCGAUGAUCUCAUGAUUGGACACGGUCAACGACAGUUGACGUGUGAUGCAACUCUUAUGACCUCCAUACUGUUGUCUUUGUCAUAUCUAGCGAGGCGUUUUGGCGUUCUUUUCACUAAACCUAGCAAUAGCUGUAACCUGUUCUACAUGUUUGUGAACAUAAUUUAAUGAAAGUGGCCUGGCUGCCAGU